AUGGCGGCGGCCAAGCGGUAUCCUACCCAAGGGUUUGCGGGAUACAAUGUAGCAUGGUCCCCUUUUUUUCCCGAUAGGCUAGCGGUAGCAAGCUCGGCGAAUGUAUGUUCCGGCAGUGUGCUAACGAUCAAGUAUGGAUUGGUGGGCAAUGGGCGAUUGCACUUGUUUGGUGCGACGCCAGCACAAACAAAAAUUUACGAUACACAAGAUGGCAUCUUCGAUAUAGCCUGGUCGGAAAUCCAUGAAAACCAAAUUGCGUCAGCGUGUGGUGAUGGCAGUAUCAAGUUGUGGGAUGCCUCUCUGAACGAUCACCCUAUUCGCAACUGGACGGAACAUGGACGUGAAGUCUUUUCAUUGGACUGGAAUAAUAUACAAAAGGAUCUGUUCGCCAGCAGUAGCUGGGACGGUCUCGUAAAAAUUUGGCAUCCAGAGCGACCCGCAUCGAUCCAGACCAUUCAAGCGCAUGGUGCGUGUGUAUACAAAUGUGCAUGGUCGCCCCACAACCCUACCUUGUUGGCUACAGCAUCGGCAGAUGGCUCGGCCCAUAUCUUUGAUACGCGGCAGGUGGGCCGACCUGUAUCGACGAUGUCGGUCGGUGGUGAAGUCCUUGCGUUGGACUGGAACAAGUAUCGACCUAUGACACUAGCCACAGGAGGUACAGACCGCUCGAUUAAGGUAUGGGAAGCGCGCGGUCAAGGCGAGAGCAUGGUGCCAGAGACAUGUGUCAUGGUCGGGCAUCAAUACGCCAUUCGUGGCGUGGCAUGGUCACCCCACAAACCUGAUAUCGUAGCGAGUGCGAGUUACGAUAUGACAGCGCGGAUCUGGAGUACAGAGGGAGCUGGCGUCGCAGCGCAAGUCCCGAUGGUGAAUCAGCCACGGCAGGUGUACACAGGCCACCGUGAAUUUGUGGUGGGCAUUGCAUGGUCAUUGUUCGAGCCUGGUAUGAUCGCGACCACGUCAUGGGAUAUGGAGACGCAUGUAUGGCCAGCUAUGGUAUAG